AUGGUGUGCAUUCCCUGCAUUGUCAUCCCCGUCCUCCUCUGGGUCUACAAGAAGUUCCUGGAGCCUUAUCUCUACCCUAUCAUUGCUCCUCUGCUCAAGCGUGUGUGGCCCAAGAAGGCUCUGCAAGAGACAACAGACAUGAAACAAGGUCAGGGAGGCACCACUGGGGAUCCAAAGGCACCUUCAGCCCUGAAGAGGAGCCAGGAGGAUGACUCUGGGAGCCACAAA